AUGCCUUUGACCCUUGCAUCUGGUCUCACAGUGCUUCCUAGUCAACCCUUACUCCAACAACAACAACAACGGCCAAACUUUAUCCGUCAAUUGCCCGCCACUGCUUCUAUCCCCACUACACUGUCUCCCCCUGCUACUUCCUUGGAUUCUUUGCCUCGAGAACUUCCAAUAGAAGCUGAGGUUUCGAAUGAGCAAGAAGAGAGAAGUAGUGCUGCAAUGACUGAUGAGUUUCUCUUUAACAGUGACGCGUCUGCAGAAGCGGCGGCUGCUGUAGCCAAUUUGGAGGCGGAGUCUUCCUCUGGUUUCGAAGUGGAUGAUGUGGAUAUGUACUUGAACCAUCACAAUCCUUCCCCCCAGCAACAACAAAAACAACAACAAACUCAAAGCGCACAUUUUUCUCGAAGCGCUGCAGCUGGAGCGACAACAAGUGCAAAUGCUAGCGUUCCAAACUCGAAGGAUGUAAGUGAGGUCGGAUCUAGCUGCCUUGAUCACAGUCACCUCUUGCCUCAAUCACUCGCCGCACGCGUCGGCCCUCUAGUUCUCUCGUUUGGAUAG